CCUCAAUUCAUUCUUGGCUAAGUGUUAAUCGUAAGAAGAUUAAUUAAUUGCAGUAUUUGCGUGUUACUACUAGCUAGCUAGCUAGAUCACUGGUUCCGGCUGCAACUAAUGAGCUACCAGCAGCAGCAGCACUUUCAUAUGCCUUCUGGGAGUACGAGUGGUAGAUCAAGAAUGAGUGAUUUUGGAAGAACCCAUGUUGUGAGGCCGAGAGGGAAGCAUCAGGUUACCAUUGUCUGGUUGCAUGGCAUGGGUGACAAUGGCGCCAGCUGGACACAGGUCCUGGACGCACUCCCUCUACCCAAUAUCAAAUGGAUAUGUCCAACUGCUCCAGUUCGCCCUGUAGGAAUGCUGGGAGGGUUUCGCUGCACUGCAUGGUUCGAUGUCGGGGAGAUGUCAGAAGAUACGGUGGAAGACAUGGAAGGCUUAGAUUCUUCAGCCGCCCAUAUCGCCAACUUGUUGUCCAGCGAGCCUGCUGAUGUGAAAGUUGGAAUCGGAGGGUUCAGCAUGGGCGGAGCGACAGCACUUUACUCAGCAACUUGCGCAGUCCUGGGCCGAUACGGAAACGGAAACAUUCCCUACAACAUCAACCUCAAGGCCGUCGUCAGCCUCAGCGGCUGGCUUCCCACCGGAAUAUCGAGGAGCCUGAGCAACAGAGUACAGUCAUCCCAAGAAGCUGCGCGCCGAGCUGCGUACCUCCCCAUUCUCAUCACCCACGGGACCAGUGACGACCAGAUUCCUUACAGUCACGGAGAGAGGUCUGCACGUGUCCUAUCUGCGGCUGGAUUCGGGCGUCUCAAUUUUAAACGUUACGACGGGAUUGGACACUACACGAUCCCAAGGGAGAUGGAAGAUGUCAGGAACUGGCUGGCGCCAAGCUUGGGGCUGCCCACGGAGUGAUGGAUGAAACACUAUAUAUGUUAUGUAUCUCUAUGUCUAUCUAUAGUAACAUUAAUAUAUAGGAGACUAUAUAUUUAUAAUAGGUGUCUUAUUUAUUUAUUUAUUUGUUUUGAUCCCUUAACUCCGAGUUGUAGUAGCCUGCCUAUUCGUUUCGUUUAGUUUGUUUGUUCACAUAAGAUAAUUUAAUUAAUAAGAAGAAUCAUCAUUAUUAUUGUUA